AGGGACUCAGUAGAUGGGAGGAAGGGCACAUGGCAAGCAGAAGGCCAGUGGACCCGGCUGGGGACAGCUGCGUUCGGGCUGCAUGCAGUGGCUGAACAGGCAAGCUCCAGGCUGUCCACAAGCGCUACCCAAGCAAUAUCCAAGGCAGCAAGCAGAUACAUGGACAUGUUCCAGGAGGUCUUCCAGAAGGUGGAAAAGAUUGGGGAAGGAACCUAUGGCGUGGUCUACAAAGCUAGGAACAAGCAGACGGGGCAGCUGGUGGCUCUGAAGAAAAUCCGUCUCGAUUCGGAGACCGAAGGUGUUCCCAGUACAGCAAUCAGAGAAAUCUCACUGCUCAAGGAACUUAAGCAUCCAAACAUAGUCAGGCUUCUGGAUGUAGUGCACAGUCAGAAGAAGCUAUAUCUGGUCUUUGAGUACCUGAAUCAGGACUUGAAGAAGUACAUGGACUCGUGCUGGACAGGAGAGCUCCCGCUGAGUUUGGUCAAGAGCUACCUGUUCCAACUGCUGCAGGGUGUGAACUUUUGUCACUCGCACCGAGUCAUUCACAGAGACCUGAAGCCUCAGAACCUGCUUAUCAAUGAAGUUGGAGCCAUCAAGCUGGCAGAUUUUGGUCUGGCGAGAGCCUUCGGAGUUCCUUUGCGCACUUACACGCAUGAGGUAGUGACCUUGUGGUACCGGGCCCCAGAGAUCUUGUUGGGAUGUAAAUACUAUUCAACUGCGGUGGACAUCUGGAGCAUUGGCUGUAUCUUUGCAGAAAUGGUCACUAGAAAAGCCUUGUUUCCCGGGGACUCCGAAAUCGACCAGCUCUUCCGGAUUUUCCGCAUCCUGGGCACGCCCACUGAGGCCACGUGGCCAGGGGUAACCCAGCUUCCUGACUAUAAAAGGGACUUUCCCAUAUGGACCAGGAGAGAGAUGAAGGAAAUCGUUCCCAAUCUGGACCGGGAUGGAAGAGACCUGUUGGCGCAAUUGCUCCUUUAUGACCCCAGCAGGCGCAUUUCAGCCAAAGCAGCCCUGAAUCACCAGUACUUCUUUCAGCAAAGCCCUCACAACAUCAAAAACCAAUGUGGGCUGCAGAGACACUACAGAUAGAUUUAUAGGUGUGUAGAAAGCAUUGCAUCCUAACGCAGAGCUCUUUGUGUCAGCACAUUUGGCCUCUUUGGUGACUUAGCAGGGAAAGUGCCUACAUUUAAAAUGCCUGUGUUUUACAAAAACCCAAAGGGAGGGGUAGUUCUCAUUUUUGGAUGCUCUCAGCCUGUUGCGAAGCAGUGUUGGUCUAAGUUACGUUAGUUUGUCUUUGUGAGGUAGUUACUCGUGAUGGGGACAGAGCUGAUGGCACCAUCCUUGGGAAAACAGGAGACUCACAAUAGAGACUAGCUUUGAAAUGCUUGUAUCCCUUGGCCAGCAGUGCCCAGUGCAGUGUAGAUUUUCUCUCCAGCACCUGUUUACUGCCUACUUACUACUGUGGUUCAGAUGUUGCAAAGAGAUUUGUUGGCUUAGUUUCCAAACAUUAGGAAGUCUUUGACCUCGGUUCAGGGCAAGUGGGGUCCAUGCACACCACCAUUUACCGCUAUUAAUAAGGAUGGGCAUCAUUAGCAUUGAUGAGUCGCUGUGUUUAAAUUGUUAGGAGUUUUAAUUCCUUGUUAAAGUAGUCUAGAAUGACCUUCCACUUGCUAAAAGGGGUAGUCAAAAGCAUUUGAAGACUAGGAAAAGUCAAGUAAUGCAGUUUUGGAGAAUCCUCAUUUUCCUCUUGCUGUUGCAAGAUGUUCCAUAUGAAAUACCACUGUUCGGCUUUGAAAAGUUCUCACCAUUCUCCUUUCAGAAGAGCUUUAUUGUUAACUUUGGAUGCAGAAUUCCCUUCUGCAUUCGAAAAAAUAAAAACUUGGGAUUGUUCAGAAAUUUUA